CGCUAAUCAAAGUAUAGGUGAAAUAGAAUUCAUACUAUUCCGAGUCUUCAGAUCUUGAUUCAUUUCAGAAUGUUGGCACUACACACAAAUUUUACAUUUGAAGAAGGAUGGUCCUUCGUACAAAAAGAUGUUAUCAAGCUGAUAAAAAAUAUAGAAGGAGAGUCUGAAACACCAAUUAAAGCUCAGCAAAUUUUUUACUUUUACACAAAUGCCUACCAAAUGUGCAUCCAUAAACCCGACGAUUACUCAGCAGAGCUUUAUGAGAAGUAUUGUGAAGUGAUUGAAGAUUAUGCUAUACAAACUGUGUUGCCAUCCUUAAGGGAGAAGCAUGGUGAAGAUAUGCUAAGAGAACUUGUUAGGAGGUGGAAGAACCAUAAAAUUUUGGUCAAAAGGUUAACCUUGGCCUUUGGUUAUCUUGACAGAUACUUUAUUCCUCAGAGACGCAUUCCAUCACUGAGUAAAGUUGGCUUGACGUGUUUUCGCGACCUGAUUUAUCGGGAGAUGCAGUCCACGGCCACAGAAGUUGUACUAGCACUUAUUCAUAAAGAACGUAAGGGCGAACAGAUUGAUAGGGAACUAGUGGAAAACGUAUUAGAAGUCUAUGCGGAGAUUGGGAUGGGAACUAAGGAAAAAUAUGAAGAGGAUUUUGAAAGAUUCAUGCUUCAAGAUACUGUAUCUUACUAUUCUCCCAAGGCAUCAAUGUGGAUGAAGGAGUGUUCUCGCUCUGAUUAUUUGCUAAAGGCAUGUCGCCGACUAUAUGUAAUUCUAUUCUAUUUCAGGAAAGUAAAAAAAUAUAUAUAUAGAGAUAUAUCUAUAUAUAUAUAUUAAUGUCAAUAUUUCUAUAUUGCAGUGUGACCAGAGUCUAAAAAAGGAGGAGAGAGUCAGUCAUUACCUUUAUUCAAGCACUGAACCCAAACUAGUUGAGGCAUUGCAGGAGACCUUUAAAAUAUUUUAUGUCUAACAAAAAGGUGGCAACAGUUUGAGUUAACAUCGUGAGUGAAGAAGAAAACUGUGGAUGAUCAUAUGCUUUGGAUUUCGUAAUAAUAAAAUAGAAAAAUUAUGACUGAUUGGGUGAGAUUAAUAAGGUAAACUAUGAUAGUACUUUUUCAGUU